UACUCCAAACUCGAAAAAAAAUCUGAGUUGGUCUGGUCCGGUCCACAAAAUGCACAUCCACGCACCUCCCCUUACCAUCUUCUGCUCAUCCUUUACGCUUGCUUUUUUUAUGUAGGGUUUCCGUUCCCACAUCAAUCUCUUCUCUCUCUCUCUCUCUCUCUCUCUACAUUACCAUGGCCGAAGAGGUACAGUACGCGGAUUCAGCCACCAACAAGCGCAAGUACGACGACCAGACUCCUCCGCCGUCGUCGCGGCGGACCACUGGCUUUUCUGCUCCGAUCUCCUCCCACUCGCCGGAUUCCGCCAACGCUCUUUCUUCCUACAACACAGUCCCUCCGCCCGUCGACGAUAUCCAGCUCGCCAAGCAGCGCGCGCAGGAGAUUGCUGCCCGCCUCUUCAACAACGCCGAAGCCAAGCGCCCUAGGGUUGAGAAUGGCGCUUCUGCCUUUGAUUCCAACGACAAUGCUGGACAGAAGCCUAUGUUUUCAAAUGUGGCCCCCUCGUCAAUGCCGGUUUCAUAUGGGUACCAGGGAUCAAGCAAAAGGAUUGAUGUACCGAAUGGCAGGGUUGGUGUGAUUAUUGGGAAAGGUGGAGAAACUAUCAAGUAUCUUCAGCUUCAAUCUGGUGCUAAGAUUCAAGUGACGAGGGAUAUGGAUUCAGACCCUAAUUCCCCAACUAGGAUGGUUGAGCUUGUGGGGACUCCAGAUCAAAUAGCGAAGGCUGAGCAAUUGAUACACGACGUUCUUUCGGAGGCUGAAGCAGGGGGUUCUGGAAUAGUUUCUCGGAGGUUGACUGGACAACAAUCUGACUCUGAGCAAUUUGUAAUGAAAAUCCCGAACAACAAGGUUGGUCUGAUAAUUGGUAAAGGAGGUGAGACCAUAAAAAGUAUGCAAGGCAGGUCAGGAGCUCGUAUUCAGGUGAUUCCUUUGCACCUUCCCCCAGGUGACCCAUCAACAGAGAGGACAUUACAGAUAGAUGGGACCAGUGAACAGAUUGAGGCUGCAAAACAGUUAGUCAGUGAAGUAACCAGUGAGAAUCGGCCUAGAAAUCCAGCAAUGACUGGAGGAUAUUCUCAGCAAGGUUACCAAGCACGACCUCCGACUAGCUGGGCUCCGCCUGGUGCUCCGAUGCAGCAACCUGGUUAUGGUUACGUGCAGCCCGGCACAUAUCCUGGUCCAUCACCACAGUACAACACAUCUCAGCCACCAUACCCUGGGUAUCCUCCUCAACCAACAUCAGGUGGUUAUGCCACUGGCUGGGAUCAGACAACUGGUGCACCAAAUCAGCAGACCUCUCAGGGAGGUGGUUAUGAUUACUAUAGCCAGCAGGCUCAGCAGCAGCAAGCCCCUGGUGGUCCCUCAGCCCCAGCUGAUAAUACGAGUUACGGUUACAGUCAGCCACCAGCUUCUGGCUAUAAUGCACAGGGGCAAGGUUAUGCUCAGGAUGGCUAUGGUGGGUAUACUUCAACUACUCCACAACCUGGAUAUGGUCAGCCCCAGCCAAACCCUAUUCAGGGGUAUGAUCAGCAAGGUUAUACUUCAGCUCCUGGUUAUGGUAAUGUGACUAACCCAACCUCAGAGAGUCAUACACCUUCCUACGGAGGAGCUCCGGGGGAUACCAGCCAAGUGCCUCCACCAGUCCAGUCGACUGCAAUGGGCCAACAAGGAUACAACACAACUCAGCAGCCUAGCCCUAGCCCUGCUAAUUAUCCACCUCAAGGAUCUACUCAGCCAGGCUACGGAGUGGCCACUUCCCAACCUGGUUAUGCGACUCAACCACCUUCUGGAUAUGGUCCCAGCUAUGCUCAGAAACCUCCAGCCAAUCAAUCAGCUUAUGGGCAGCCCCAACAGUCACCGAGUGCCCAAGGAGGCUAUGUUCAGCCUGGAUAUACUCAUUCUCAGCCCCCACCUGCUCAACCAGAUUCUGGUGCCCAGCGGGCUCCACCUUCCGGUUAUGCUACUGCAACGGCACAACCAGGGUAUGGUGCACCACCUUAUGGUACAGCUCCAGUGACUCAGCCAGGGUAUGGGCAGCCACCAUAUAACAACAGCUCUUAUGGAGGUGGUUAUUCUCAGCCUCCAGCCUAUACUGCUGAUGGCAAUGGAGGGGGAAAUGCUCGUGGGACCUAUGAUGCAGCACCAACUUCUCAGGUUGUUCAGCCUAGUGGGGUUACCAAAGCUUCGCCCAAGAGUUGAUGUGUGGUAAGUGAUGAAUUAUUGGUGUUUAUGUGUUACGCUUUUUAACUGGUUUUGUAGUUUGCAUUAGUCCUGUACAAUUUCUGGAUGAUUUUGAGUUCCCUGCAACAGAUGUUAAUUGUUUGUCUUGUUUGGAUAUACUUUGGCUGUUCUUAACGAUCUCUCUUCUGCAUUGCUUUAUUUGAAGUUGGAUGAUAUCAUUGGUUCUUUU